ACGCGGACGGAAGGACGCCGCUGCCUGCUUCCCCCCCCCCGUUUGGUCUCGAGUAGUCCGGCCCGGGCCGGGCCGCGGAGCGGGGCGCACACGUGGGCCGGGCCGCGCCGUGCGGCGCAGGAUGCCGUGCUGAGGUGGGCGAUGGCGCUGUGGGCCCGGCACGUCUCCCGCUGGCGCUGCCUGCUGACCGCGGCCCGUGCUGCUGUUCCCCGGAGGCUGAGGGGCCGCGGCAGCCCCCGGGCCUGGCCUGGGCUCGCCGCUGCGGCCGUGCCGCCCGCCGGGAAGGAGCUCGCUCUGUGCGCGCUGCAGGCGUGCGGGCGGCUGGCUGCGGGAAGCUGCUCCCCGCCCGACAGCGCCAAGCGUGCAUCCUCCUGUUCUCCCGAAAGUAACUUGCCUUCGGUACAACAGGAACGAGCAAAAGUAGAAACAUUACCCGACCUGAAUGCAAAAAUACCGGACGAAGACUGGGAUGACAUCCCACCUUCAUCUGCUUUGGAAGUGAUCUCUGAGGAAGAAGCUGUACAGAUCAUUGCAGAACCACUUGUUCCCCUUCAGUCUUCCACACUCCGAGAUUAUGUUGAUCACUCAGAAACCCUUGAGAAACUUGUCCACCUAGGAGUUGACUUAUCCCAAGUGGAGAAACGUCAAAAGGCAGGUCAGCUCUUACUGACCUUGGACUUUGAAAAAGAUGUAAAAAAAAUACUUCUGUUUCUUAAGGAUGUGGGUCUCGAAGACAAUCAACUAGGACCAUUCCUGACCAAAAAUCCAUACAUCCUUGGUGAAGAUCUGGAAGCUUUAGAAACCAGAGUGGCUUACCUAAAAUCAAAAAAAUUUGGUAAGUCAGAAAUUGCUCAGAUGGUCUCAAGAGCUCCAUAUUUACUGUUGUUUUCAGUGGAAAGAUUGGAUAACAGACUGGGUUUCUUCAAAAAUGAACUUGGUCUCAGUGUAAAAAAGACAAAGGAUCUGGUAAUUCGUCUUCCAAGGUUACUGACUGGCAAAUUAGAGCCUGUAAAAGAAAAUCUUCAGGUUUGUCAAAUUGAACUUGGUUUUCAACGUAAUGAAAUUCAACAAAUAGUGUAUAAAACUCCCAAGAUUUUAACUGCAAGUAAAAAGAGACUCAAACAGACAUUUGACUACUUACACAACAUAAUGGGCAUUCCCCACCACAUGCUUACUCGCUUUCCUCAGGUUUUCAACUCAAAGCUAUUACGAAUCAGAGAGAGGCAUAUGUUUCUUGCAUUCUUGGGAAGAGCCCAGUAUGACCCAGCACAACCCAGCUACAUCUCUCUGGAUCAGCUGGUAUCCUUGCCCAACGAGGUGUUUUGUACAGAGAUUGCCAAAGCAUCUAUGCAGGACUUUGAAAAUUUCUUAAAAACACUUUAAUUAGUAGCACAUGUAAAAAAUUAUAGAAUUAAGUUACAAAAUAAACAUACUUUAUAAAACUA